AUGAACAUUGCGGCCCCAACUUUCAACGCGCUCAAUAAGCCUCAAAAGCGCGCUCUGAUCUUGCGAGAUCAACUCCGCUUCGUCGACCCGCACCAUUUAAAUGGGUUCCUAGAAGGAGUUGGUAAAGAUGAGCCACCAACGUACACAAAAGUCAAUGGUGUCAUCCAACCUAAACUCACACUGGUCACACUCAAAGCAGAAGCCACACAUUUUGACCUUGGAAAUGUGUUGCUCCCUGAGGAAAAGAAUGCCAUCUAUAGGGUCCAUCUAGUAGUCGAGAAUGGCCAGAUAGAUCUGCGCGCCGAAGAUCCGCUUCCACAGGAGGAGGAUGUUCUUGACUCUGUACCAAUUCAUGGCUUUAUUGCUAAGGGCAUGGUGCCUUUAUUCAGGGAUAAGUUCCAAGCCAUCUAUUCCCAAUUGAACAGAAUCAAUGGAGCUAGGCGGACAGCUUACAACAUGGCGAACCGGGCGUCAACACCCAUUCACGAUGGAGAGACUCUCACAAGGCUUAAUCCUCCCAAGCGUGAGCAAAGCCAGCCAGCUUCACAAUUAUAUCAGAGUGGAUCAUACCAGGUCAAGCAGCAUGUUUCAAACAAGCGCAAACGCACAGGUCUUGACACCAUCCCUGAAGACACAAAGAGCAGGAUAUUCGACACUAUUCCAAGCAAUAUAAAAGUCAAUCUCUUCAACAGCAUCGUGGAAGCCGCCAUUCCAAACUUUGAUAACGUGAUGAUGGCAUCCUGGAAUGUCGUAUCCAUCUAUUCCGCCUGCGGGAGCGACUUCCCCGACCUCCACCGGUCAAUUGUUACCUUGAAGAGCGUACUCCAGGAUUUCGACGAGGCAUUCGGUAAACGCGUUGACCGAGAGACCCCCAAGUACCGGCACGAUUUCUGCGGUCAUACAGAGGGUGACGAGAACGGAGGUGGUGAUGGGAACCGCACACCAGACGAGCAUAGACAUGACGGUAGAACUCGCCCCAUCUCACACGCCCUUGUCAACAACGAGAAUGCUGGGGGAAUCGUAGGUCAACCAGAAAAUCUGAAUGCUGACCAACACAAAUCUAAGCAGAAGGACGUCGCCACACCAAACGAUGACACUGAACAAACCAGCGAUGAAGAGAAACUAAACAUAUCAUCACCCUUCCAACCACCCCGCCCUGCAAACGUCUCAGAAGGGAAAGAAGGAGAAAUUACUCAAAACGAAACACAGAAUCCCCGUACAAAUCCCCAUUCCUUUUCCUCACCAACCUCAUACAACACCACCAAGUUCCCGUCCAGAAAAUGCCUCAGCACCCGUUCUGCUACUCCCUACAGCAGAACUCAACCCAACAUCGUGCCAAAAGAUGCUCGCGCACAUGUGCACAACCGCGCUACUACACUUGAUAGACAUCCAACUCCCUUGAUGCCUUCGCCCAGAACAAGCACAUUGGGUGCGGCGCCUGUGGCGAACAUGGUGCCGAAUGGGCAGAAAAACAGUAGCGAGAGUAACGAGAGGGAUGAGGAGUGA